GGUCAGGCUCCGCCGCACGCGCUCGCAGCUCGUCGUCUGUCUGAGAGCAGCCGCAGCUUUUAUUCUGAAAGGAUUUCUUUAAUCUUAAUGUGAGGCUGCAGCGCGAGGACACCGCUCAGUUCAGCUCAGCUCACCUUUACGUGUCACACCUGCGGACUUUGGUUUGUUUUUUUCUGACUGGACCUCCCGAUGCAAGGAGGCGUGAUGGAGAAAAUGUCCCGACACCCCGUCCCGCUCAACCCAAGUUUCCUGCCUCCGGCGACGCACGGAGUGCUCAAGUCUCUGCUGGAAAACCCGAUGAAGCUGCCGCUGCAUCAUGAAGCUUUCAGCAAGGAGCAGGAGAAGGAGAAGAACCUGGAGGAUGAGCGCAGCGCCCCCCAGUCAGCCUUUCUGGGCCCCACGCUGUGGGACAAAACCCUCCCCUAUGAUGGAGACACCUUCCAGCUGGAGUACAUGGACCUGGAGGAGUUUCUGUCUGAGAACGGCAUCCCCUCCAGCCCCUCCCAGCACCACCACGACCAGCACCCACCGCAUCCUCCACCACGCCAGCCGUCAAUCAUGGCACCAGCCCCCCCCACGCCAGCGCCCUCGGUGAUUGACCUCAGCAACCACGCCUCCACCUCUGUACACACGACCGUCGCCCCCCCGAACUGCCUGCGCAGCAGCCCGGCAGCAGCAGGCCUCCCAAACUCCAGAAACACUCCCAGCCCCAUCGACCCAGACUCCAUCCAGGUCCCCAUGAGUUACGAGCCGGACCCGGCUGACCUAGCUCUGUCCAGCGUGCCGGGCCAGGAGAUCUUUGACCCACGCAAGCGCAAGUUCUCGGCCGAGGAGCUGAAACCACAGCCAAUGAUCAAGAAAGCUCGCAAGGUCUUCAUCCCAGAUGAAAUGAAGCAGGACGACAAAUACUGGGCCCGGCGCAGGAAGAACAACUUGGCUGCGAAGCGUUCCCGGGACGCCCGGCGGCUCAAAGAGAACCAGAUCGCCAUCCGGGCCAGCUUCCUGGAGAAGGAGAACUCUGCUCUGAGGCAGGAGGUGGCCGACCUGCGGAAAGAGCUCGGGCGCACCAAGAACGUACUCGCCAAGUAUGAGGCCCAGCACGGGCCGCUGUGAGGACGUGGGACACACAUACAUGUUCAGAGUUCUCACACACACCACCAGCGAGCUCCUCUCAUGGCUCCGAACGGCUCGACUCACAGCAGGUUAGUCUGUGGACCAAUCAGAUAAUCAACAUGGAGGAAGUGCUUCCUCUCUCUCAUUACCCUCUUUUUUUGUUUUUUUUUUUUGUCUCAAAGACUUCUGAUUCUGUCUCAGAGCUUUAGAAACUCUUCACAAACGUUUAGUUACAUUUUUUAAAACGAUGCACGGCACAGGUCACGUGUUCGCUGGGGACUAUUUUCAGUGGCGGAUGAAUCCACAUUUGAUGCUCUAAAAAGAAAACACAAUGAAACUUAUUUGUAGUUUUUUUUUCAGCGUUAUGGCCUCAGAUUACUUCCUGUUUGAGUCGAGCCCGUUACUUGGAGCUCUUAGUCAAACACACACACCUGUCACACACCUGUCAGGGUGUGUCCUCAGCCCUGUGAACUUUUCUCAUGGACUCCACUAACACUCAUCUGCCCUCUGACCCCUCCUCUCCCAAUGUUUUGCACUUUAGACCUACCAACACCAUGAACUCCGCCCCCUGCAGAUGUGCUCACAUGUACAUACCUGCCUUCUCUCUCUGUAUAUGAAUGUGUACCGCCUCCUGCCUCUCUCCUAUUGGUUAGUCAGCUCCUGCUCUCUGUUGGUUUUUUCUGUGGGGCCCUUUAAGCCUGCUCGAACCCCUCAGCAGUGUUUGAUCUUUACAGGAAGAAGGUUUUCAUGACAUGCACUCAAUGAUUUUUUUUUUUUAAACAAGUGCCCCAAAAUGCCAAAAGUUUUUAUAGCAACCUCCAGAAAAUGUUUUAUAUUUGUGAAGAUAAUCGGAUGUAAAUGUAACAUCUUCAGGGAGUUCAGAGAGGAACCCAAAGAGAGUCGGCAUGUUUGUGGAGCCCCCUGGUGGCCAAGGGGUGGCCGGUCUGCCUCGAGUUCAUUUUUCAGUGUCUGGCUGCAGAUUUGACCUUUCACCUUCCAUCUAACAUGUUCGUACAUGGAUUAAGCAUCCUCCACUCUUAGUGAACACGCAUGUUUCUCUUUGUGUUUGAUUAUGGCCGCCGUGCACGUGCUCGAAAAGAAAAGACUUUAGAAGAGUCCUUUUGCACGGGGUUUCUCUGGGAGCUCCAGUUAGACCUGAAAAACAAGCUAAAUAAAAAGUUAAUGAAAAAAAUGCACUUUAUUUAUCCCAGUAUUGUGAACGUCUUUGUUGCAAAGUAAGUUUAAAACAACCUCUACGAAAAUGGCUCAAAUGAGAAGAAACGAAUACCUUAAAAAGGUAAAAACUAACCGGAAAUCAGAGUAAAGUCUGGAUAAACUGCUUCCUGUGCUGAUCCCGACAUUCUUCAUCACCAGUGUUUUCACAGGUUUUAAAUUAAUGUUCGGAAAGGUCAAAGGUUAUAAACAAAGGCAACAUCUUGCUGGUUUGCUUGAGCGUGUCUUUUCCCUUCCUGUCCCGGCUUUAGUUUUAUGGACCUUAAAAUAAAGCGUGAUCUCACCGGCUGCUUUCAGGCUUUCUUUGAUGAAGGUGUGUGUGUGGGGAUUUCUGCAGCGACUGUCCCACUUGUCAUCUUCAGAACUUUACCAUCAGUUUUAUUUUUUAAAAUAUUUCUUUGUUGUUUUUAAUUUGCCGGAACACGUCAUAAAAACGUGACUUUGAUUCAUGCACUUAAAAAAAAAAUGAUGCCGCUAAUGCUCAGUGCUCAGCUGCCAUGCUGUUAUGUGAAAAUAUGACUUUGUUUUGGAGAAAACUGAAAAUUUUAAUAAGUUUGGACGCCUGCUGGUGAUGAGAGCUUCAGGUACUCUUUCCUAAAGUGACCUGUUCUGCUCAUUUCCACAUCUUUUUUAUUUUAUUUUUUUUUCUUGGAAUCCUCCAGAGGAGCUUUGCUUGAAUCACAGUUCAAAAUAAUCUUUAACUUUUUGUACUGGUCCUUUAUUCAGCCCUUCAGUUCAUCCAGUUUCAGCUCCUGUCUCUUUAAAAGCCUUCUUCUGAUUGGCCAGCUUCUGGAAGCUUGCUUAGGUGCUUGUGAGCUGAACUGUUCGUGGUUUUCUGUCGUGCACUUCUUAAAUGUAAAAUUGAACUUUAUGGACUACUUUCCCACGUUAACAUGGCAGCCAAUCAGAAGAAUGCUGUCUUGAAGCGGCAGACCGAGGGUGAACAGGCCCAUUGUAGGACCAUUAUUUUGAACUGUGAAUCAUGCAGAGCGGCUCAAGCAGGAAAUGAGCAGAACACACGGUUUGUGGACUUCUGAUUGGUUGUUUUUUGUUUUGCUUUUAAAAUCAGAUCAGACAGUCCAAAAAAAAAAAAAAAAGCCUCAUUAGCUUCUUUGCGUUGAUCAGCGAGGAGAAAAAAUGUUUUGUUUCACAUGUUGGAAAAAUGUUGCUAUAAGCUCAGACAGCGGUGCAAGUUUCCCUCAGACUUUCCUUCGCUGUCUUUUUUUCCGGCAGCGGUGGAAACUUGCUCCGUUUUAGUGCAAUAAAAGGUUCUUUAAGGCUUCGGAGUGAACUUUGACCUUUAUUUCCCACGUAGCUCAGCGAUGCCCCCGGUGGCCGAGUGAGACAUGAAUGUAUAUUUCAGUGAGUGGUGUCUUAUACUGUGGGUUCACUUUAGUACUCUUUACUACAGACCAAAAGAUGACAGUAUAUACAGGAUAUAUUGAUAUAAAUAUGACAGGUUUUAAUGUUUCUACAGAGUUAUUCUUCUUGUUUUUGUACAGUCUGUUUUCCUACGUAGAUAUUUCCUGUGUAUUUUGGAAAUCCU